AUGAGGGCUUUACCCAUUAUUUUCUUGGUCAAUUUACUUGGUACUGGAAUUGCCCAUGCCCAAUACUCCAACAACCCAUCAACGUUGCGACCAAUUGCCACAAGACCUCGAGUUCACAAUACCUAUGGGCCUACAGGGACUCCAUGCGCAGGAAAUACACCCAAUGACAGAUCUGUCUGGUGCAAUUACAACAUCGACACAGACUACGAAAAUGUCGUCCCGGACACAGGUGUCACGCGCGAAUACUGGUUCGAGGUUAAAGAGGUCACACUUUCUCCCGACGGAUCCAUGCCUUUACGUCCAGUUAUGACCAUCAAUGGCACUUUUCCUGGCCCGACUCUUGUUGCAGACUGGGGCGACUGGGUGAUCGUCCAUGUCACCAACCAUCUGUACCAGGCAAUGAAUGGUUCGAGCAUUCACUGGCACGGUAUUCGGCAGAACUACACAAACCCCAAUGACGGUGUUCCCUCAAUCACCCAGUGUCCUAUUGCCCCCGGCUCGACAAUGACCUAUAAAUGGCGAGCUAUCCAGUAUGGGUCCUCGUGGUAUCAUUCUCAUGUUGGUCUGCAAGCCUGGGAAGGUGUACAAGGUGCUAUUGUUAUCAAUGGACCGGCAACUGCAAACUAUGAUGUGGACAAGGGACCAUUCUUCCUAAGUGAUUGGACACAUGAAACAGUGGAUCAACUGCAUCAUGAUGUGCAACUACGCGGCCCGGUCAGAAAGCUGUCAAAUGGACUCAUCAAUGGCAAGAAUAUCUAUGGGAGUGGUACAAAUACUACUGGGUCUCAUUUCCACAUGAAGGUGGAAAAAGGCAAAUCCUACCGGUUGCGACUCGUGAACCCUGCUAUCGACACGCAUUGGAAGUUCACUAUUGACAACCACACGAUGACCGUCAUUGCAAUGGAUCUCGUUCCUACAAAGCCAUAUGUCACGAACGUUAUCAGCAUUGGAAUGGGUCAACGCUAUGAUGUUAUAAUCACAGCCAACCAGAGAUCCGUAGCCGAAUCUUUCUGGAUGAGAGCUAUACCAGCGGAUGGAUGUUCAAAAAAUGAAAUGGCUGGCAACAUCCGAGGCAUCGUCUACUACGGCAACGAGCCCAAACAACCGCUCACGCAGUCCUUCCCCUUCACCAACGUCUGCGAAGACGAACCAAUAACGAGCCUAGUUCCGCACGUCCCCAAAAACGUCGAUCCACCAAUUUCACCGGUGUGGAACGAGAACGUAACAGUCAGCAAGACCCGGAACGCACAGAAUUUCCUCCGCUGGCAGUUCAACUCGACCUCGAUGAACGUGAGCUGGGAAAACCCGACCCUGAUGCAAGUCUACCACGACGAGCCGGGCUUCUCCAAUUCAAGCGGCGUGAUCGAGUUGCCUUUCAAGGAUAAAUGGGUGUAUCUAUUUAUCCAAAACACCGCCGUCACUCAUCCCAUCCACCUCCACGGCCAUGACUUCUCUAUUCUCGCGCAAGGACAGCCUGGGCCUGGGAAACCGCAGUGGGAUGGUUCGAUAAUUACGCAGAACCCUCCGCGUCGGGAUACGGCCGUGUUGGCUAAGAGUGGGUGGCUGCUUAUUGCUUUCAAGACGAAUAACCCCGGUGCGUGGUUGAUGCACUGUCAUAUUGGAUGGCAUGUCGAUGAGGGUUUGGCGUUACAGUUUGUUGAGCGGCAGGAUGAGAUUCCGGAUCUUGUUGAUUAUGCUCCGUUUAUGGAGAAUUGUGCUGCAUGGGAUAAAUACGUUGGGAGGAAGAAUAUCGUGCAGGAAGAUUCGGGAGUGUGA